AUGGAUAAUAUUGCAUAUAGUCAUUCUUCGGACGCAACUGAUCGAUCAACACCAACACAUCGAAAAGCCAGUGGCGUGAGUUCAACGGCAAGUCAAAACAAGAACCCUCAUAGACGUAUAUCGACUGGAUCAGUUUUGAACAAUGAUCGCGCAAGUAUCGUAUUACCAACAGAUAAAACAACACUCAAACGACAUCUUAACUUAUUCUCCGGUGUUUGUUUCAUUGUUGGAAUUAUCAUUGGUUCUGGAAUUUUUGUUUCACCAAAAGGAGUUCUUAGACGAACAGAAUCCGUAGGUCUUUGUCUUAUUAUAUGGGUAGGUUGUGGAGUAGUCUCAUUACUAGGUGCCCUCUGCUAUGCGGAAAUUGGAACUGUGAUUCCUAAGUCAGGAGCAGAAUUAGCCUAUAUGAAAGAGGGCAUUGGAUCUGUGCAUCCUAUCACGGGUGAUGUGUUGGCAUUUGUAUUUAAUUGGGCAAAUACGUUUGUUCUUAAACCUUCCAGUCUUGCUGUACUAGUUUUAACAUUUUCACAAUAUUUUUUAUCCGGCAUCAUGGAUGCGGGUAUUGUGCGUUUAGGGCAAGGUCACACCGAACAUUUACAAAAUGGUUUUUCUGGAACUACAAGGAAGCCACUAGCAGUUGCUCUAGGUACAUGUCUAAGUGAUACUUUUCUUAAGAUUAAAACGUUGCUAAUGUCAUGCUUAAUAGCCUUUUAUAGUGGUCUGUGGGCCUAUGAUGGAUGGAACUCUUUAAAUUCUGUUACAGAAGAACUAAAAAAUCCAAAGCGUAAUUUGUGGUUAGCAAUAGUGUUGGCCGUUCCUUCGGUGACUAUGUUAUAUUUACUUACCAAUAUAUCAUAUUUUACCGUACUAAGCAAAGCUGAAUUACUGAGUUCGAGUGCUGUGGCAGUAAGCUGGGGUGAAGUGGUACUUGGUCCUGCUGUUCGAGUAUUACCAAUAUUAAUUGGAAUUAGUGCUUUGGGAUCAGCUAACGGUAGUUUAUUUACUGCAGCAAGAUAUUGUAUGGUUGGAGCUCGGUAUGGAUAUUUGCCCGAAGUGUUUGCAUGCAUUCAAAGAUCGCGUUUAACACCAUUACCCGGCAUUGUACUCCAAGGCACUCUGGCAAUUAUAUUUUGUAUCCCAUCUAAUAUUGAUCAACUCAUUGACUUUUUUAGUUUUGUUGCAUGGACGAUUCUUAUGAGAAACAUGAUCGAAUCUCCUACAGAAAAUUCCCAGUAUAGUGCUGAAAAACGGCCGGCACUACCAGUGCGGACGGCAUGCUAUGUUACAGUAUGUUAUAGUAUGUUACGGGGUGUAACGGUCACGGAGGCCCCUGACAAUGAAACAAACAUUAAGAUUAAUGACAUAACAAAGGAACUACGUAAAACAAUUAACUUUGUCAAAUCAUUUAGCACCUGUCAACAAUGUCAGAAAUAUAUCGAACAGACUGAAGAAGAUAAUAUGAUACUCGUAGUAGCUCAUACUUUAUGUCGAGAAAUUCUGUCAGCUAUACAUGAUCUAAAGCAAGUAUGUGCAGUGUACGUGCAUGAAACAAAAGAUGAUUAUUAUGAUUGGUCAAUAAUUUACAAGAAGGUGCAAGGUGUAUUCGUGAAAUUUAAUGAUCUUUGUUCAAAACUUACAAAAGAUCAGCUGAUACGUGAAAAGAAAACGGAAAAUACAAUAUCUGUAAUAAUAUUUAAUCGAAAUGAAACUGAUACAACACAUAUGAAUUUAAAAGUCGAUAAUGGGAACUUUAUGUGGUUUCAAUUAUUCAUUGAGACCCUAUUACGUAUGGAACAAACAAUAGAAUCAAAAUUAGAACUUGUUGAAUUAUGCAAGGAAUACUAUACGGGAAAUCAACGGGGUCUAGAAUUAUUACACGAGUUUGAGGAAACAUAUCGUUCAGAUGAUGCAAUUCGGUGGUACACAAGGGAAUGUUGUUUUUAUCGCCUAUUGAAUAAAGCAUUACGUAUUCGUAAUAUAGAAUUGUUAUUUUCAUGUCGUUUUUUAAUUAGUGAUAUAUUUAAACAACUGAAAGAAGCUCAACGAUCAAAUCACGAUCACUUAAUUAUUCAAGGUUAUAGAGGCCAAUUAAUCUCAAAAGAUGAACUAAUUAAAAUGGAAUCAAGCAUCGGAGAAUUUAUAUCAAUUAGUAGUUUCUUAUCAACUAGUCGCAGUCGUGAACAUGCACUUGGAUUUAUUGCAUCCGGUGUUGGUGAUGACGAAGAGCACUUAGCACCGGUUUUAUUUGAGAUUCAAGCGCAUACAUAUCUUCAGGAUACAAAACCUUUUGCUGAUAUAAAACAUUUGAGUUAUUUUCAUGACGAAGAGGAAGUUCUAUUCAUGUUAGGAACAGUGUUUCGAAUAAAAAGCGUUAUCUACGAUAGUGUAUGGACAGUUCAAUUGACAUUAUGUAGUGAAAAUGAUCAUGAAUUAAAAGAAAUUUUUGCGUACAUUAAAAAAGAAAUGUCAAUAGAGGCCGAUUUUUUUUCACUUGGUCGUUCACUUCGAGUAAUGAGCGAGUAUAAAAUGGCUAAGAAAUACUAUGAACGUAUACUAAAUGAGUUACUGAUAGCAAAUGCUGAUUACACGAAUAUGGCUCAUUGUUACGACGGUUUGGGUUUCGUUGCCUUAGGUGAAGCAGACUAUCAACUAGCACUUAAGAAUUAUGAAAAAGCAUUUAGUUUACGAUUAAAUUCAUUCAAUAAUCUAAGCGAUCCUCAUAUUGGUUACAGUCAUUUAUUUAUUGCUACUGUUCUUGAUAAAUUAAAAGAUUAUGAUCAAUCCUUAGCUCAUUAUCGAGAGACAUUAAAUAUUUGGUUGAAAUGUUAUGGUUAUUAUCAUGAAAAUAUUGCAUGGUGUUUAGGUAACAUGGGCAAUGUUUAUUGUCUGCAAGAACAAUACAAGAUGGCUUUAACGAGUAUCGAACAGAGUCAAGAAAUUAUGGAGAAAAUUUUACCUCAGGAACAUCCAAACAGAGCUUGGAGUUAUUACAAUUUAGGUGAUGUAUUUGUAUCUCAAAAUAAUUAUUCAAAAGCUCUUUUCAAUUAUCGAAAAGCUUUAGAACUUCGUUUGAGAACUCUACCAUCAAAUCACUACUCAAUCGCUGAUACAUAUAACUCUAUUGGACAUGUCUACGAACUAACUGGGGAAUAUGAACUUGCUCUAGAACAAUAUAAACAGGCAUUAAAAAUACGACAAUCAUUACUUUCGUCCACUCAUCCGUUUAUCUUGAUAAUAAACGAUAAUAUUCAAAGAAUGAUCGAAAGAAUCAGAUGA